UGCUAGCAAGAGAGCACGCACUGAGUGCUGCAUUACGAGUUUCUGUGCGCGCGUGCGUUUCGAGUAUUACUUCCAUUCCAUCACCAGUCAUCGGUUCCAAUUGCACCACGUUCCGUGGCGGCGGCAGCGGUAGCUUUAUAGCAGUCGCACAAAGGUUGGUCAAUCGAUCGAUUCCAGUGAACGCGAAGUAAAAAAAGAUUGCAUCUGCCGCGAUUGCACAUAUGAGCACCAACGGGGCCCCGCAAAGUUUGGUACCGCGUGAGACGAUUCGAAAUUCGGCAAAGAAGUGCGCAACUUUGUGACGACGCGGUCCACGACGAAUGUGUUCACGUGCGGGUGCUUCGCGAGUGUGUUUUCCUGAGUGAAAUGUCCAAAAAAAUGACCUUAAAAUAGUUUAUUCAAUUAUCAGUCAGAUUUGGUGAAUGCUUGGAACUGAACUUAGGAGCUUAUUGAAGCAGUGAUUGUUUUGUGCCAUUUUUUUGAAAAGUGCAACCCUCUGGAAGAAGAAUUAUCCUCACACAAAAUAAAAUCGUGACCUGUCAAUUAGCAAGUGAACACACAGAAAGUGAAUUUUGUGUUUUAACGGUGCAACACGGUGUAGAUAGGGAAAACUUUCUGCACAAGCAACAUCGACACAUCAUCAGUGACCGCAGACGUCACCAGCACGAGACGGAGGAAGUGACGGACGCGAGGGGCGACCAGUUUAGCUUUUCAGACACAAUUUAUUGGAUAGAAAGAGUGUGCAUAGGGAAACAGGCCAAAGACUGGCUCACUCGACGGCAGCAAGCAGAAAACGUCAGCUUUGAUGCAUAUUUUUGCAAUCAAACGCCGCAACGAUGUUGGGCUAUCUCGCUGCAUCAUUGUUAGUUAUAAGCACCAUCUACUGGAUCGAUCCGAGUAGCGCGGGCCCGCUGGAUGCGCUGAGCUGGGCCCGGAUGGACAAUAUCAACCUGCCAUGGUUGCCAUAUGAAAACAUGACCCGUUGUUACGGCGAACUAGGCUGCUUGAACAUCACCAAAGAAUGGUACCACCUGAUUUUCCGGCCGUUCAAUGUCUUUCCGUUGCCGCGCAGCGUAAUCAACACCCGGUUCAUCCUGUACACGGAGAAAAAUCCGACCGACGGACAGCUGCUACAGGCGGAAGUGAAAGACUCCAUCAUGAAGAGCAACUUCCGAUCCGACUGGGCAACGAAGUUUAUCAUUCACGGUUUUAUCGAUACUCCACUGUCGAACUGGGUUUCGGAGAUGCGGGACGAGUUGAUUACUCGCGGUGCACUGAAUGUGAUUGUGGUGGACUGGGCCGGAGGUUCACUGCCGCUUUACACGCAGGCCACAGCCAACACGAGACUGGUAGGGUUAGAGAUAGCUUAUCUCAUAAAUAAGCUGUCGGAGUACAAAGGAUUGCAACCGGAAGACGUCCACCUAAUUGGACACUCACUUGGUGCCCAUACGGCAGGGUAUGCUGCAGAGAGGAUACCUGGUUUGGGACGAAUAACAGGUCUUGAUCCUGCUGAACCGUUUUUCCAGGGCAUGGAUCCAAUCGUGCGGCUAGACCCCUCGGAUGCUACUCUGGUAGACGUGAUCCAUACGGACGGACGGAGCGUCUUCCGUUUGGAGAUUCCCGGGUACGGAAUGUCACAUACUUGUGGUCAUCUGGAUUUCUAUCCAAACAACGGCAAAGAACAACCUGGUUGCGCUCUCUCACAGGAAGGAGCUGCCACGAUUCCACUGACGCUGAUCAAGGAUGGCAUCGAGGAAGCAUCUCGUGUUCUACUCGCAUGUAAUCACAUUAGAGCAAUCAAACUGUUUAUCGAUAGUAUCAAUGGCAAAUGUCCAUAUGUUGCUCAUCGCUGUCCAUCCUAUCAACACUUUUUGAGCGGGAAUUGCUUCAAGUGUACCUCGGGAAACUGCGCUCUAAUGGGUUAUCAUGCAUCACUUCCUAUUACCACCACACGGCAGAACAUUUCCGAGAACGAUAUCGCCUCAGGAUCAUCAUCAUCGAUUCCGGUUGCUCCCCAGCCAGGCAAAUAUUUCUUGGCAACGGGUCGAGAUUUCCCCUUCUGUCAGCGUCACUAUCGGUUCACCAUAGAAUUGGCUAAACCAAAAUCAGCUGAAACAUGGGUCCAGGGACACUUGACGGCGGGAAUUUUCUCCGAACGGGGUGCCAUCCGAAGUAUGGACCUCACACCGAAGGGAACGGCGCGAUUCGAGCACGGAACUGUCUACCAGGUGGUGAUAACAAACCCACACGAUUUGGGCGAUCGAAUCCGGAAAGUCGAACUCUCCUGGACGCACGACAUGAACGUCCUGGAGCCGACGACGCUGUGCCUUCUAUGGUGCAACAAUCAUCUCUACGUCAAAUCGAUCCAGGUCGAAACCAUGCAGAUGCCAUCCCGGGAGAAACGGAACACGGAGUAUUCCAACAAGCUUUGCGCACAAAAGCGCGAAUUUGCCGACAUUGCCAGCCGUGGGAGUUAUUCGUUCUACGACAACUGUAAACGUCCAACCUCGUAAUACUAGAAAAAAAAGAAAAAGUGUUCACCUUGUCCGAAGUAACCAUCGAAUCGAUUCAAAUCGACUGGAAGGAGAGAGAGAUUAUAUUUGUUGUUUUAUUUCAGCAUCCUGACUAACCGCAAUAUCAUGUAUUAUUCUAAUAGUUUUAGUGCCUAAGAACCCAGUUACGGAUCCAUUCGCUAUUGUUACCAAGUGUCACGAGAUUUCAGUCAAUCGGUUUUAUUUUUGUUUAUCCUCAAGCUUUUGUAGACAAGAAUGGAUGCUUGACAUGUGAAUUCCUUACAAUUACAGCUACUUUUGUUUCCUAUGAAUGUUUUGAGCAAAGUAUGUCCAAUUCAAGUAUGAAUGUAAGAAGCAUGUAUGAAGUUGGAUGGAAACCAAUUUGAGUCAUUUUACUUUCCUCGUUAGUAGAUAGAGAUCAUAUUAUUAACAAAAAAAUAAGAAAAAAAGAAAACCACGUGUUCCCUAAAACUGUAAACACUAUUCGAUUGUACAAAUUUAGAACGCAGCCAGCGAGCGAGAAGUAGCCGAUUACCGCGUGAUUUUAUAAUUUUGUAGCCUUUAAGAUUAUUUCUGUGAAAUUUACACGAUUUCUCCCCCAGAACUUGAAAAGUUUACCUGUUGUUAUGGUUAAAUUUUCAGCCUUUUGCUCAAGAGCACAACCCUGUUCAGUGAGAAAACUACGACACUUUACAGAAGUGGAAUAUGUAUUAAUUACGUGCUUCCAUGGCCUUACUUUUUAAUCGCAGUGGGCUGGAAGAUUUGUUCCCUGCUUUUAGUAGUGUUUUUUUUUUUUUUUGUUUUCAAUUACUGAUUAUCCCUCUGAUUGUCAAUGUUUGUGAAUUUACAGUGCCUUUUCUUGGAGUUUAAAAUCAAACCAAAGUAAGUAUCUUGACGAUGCAACAUUAUGGUGAUCUACAUUUCAGGGCCGGCGGUUCAUGUGGGUAGUAGUACCCACAUGUCUCUGUGGGAACUUACCCACACGGAACUAACCCCCUCCGUUGCAUACUACCCACUCGGGAAAUUAUUGUGACGCCGGCCCUGCUACAUUUUACUUAGAAAAGCGACGACGAAACAAGUAAAUACUCAAAAUUGUCUAACAAAUGCAUAAAGAUAUUUAAUUGAAAAACUUUUACCCCGAUCACGUCACUUAAAUUCUAAUUAUCCUACCAGAAACAAAUACGAAAAAUGUUUCCUCCGCAACAAAAGUUUAGGUACCCUAGUAGAAAUAUUUUCGGCAGCUUUUUGUGUUUUUUUUUUAAAUUAUAAUGCUAAGAGCAAGUUCACGAACUAAAACCAUACCACCCUCUAGAAUCUCCCAACUCGUUAAAAAAAUUUUAUGCGCAAUAGAAGUCAUCAAUAGCUAGAAAAAAUAGAACGCCCGAUGUUUUUGAGAGAAAUGUACAAACAAACAAGUUAAAUCGUGAGUUUUGUAUGACAAAACCAUUUCUCAGAACAAGGCAUGAUAUUAAAUUGAAAAACACAUUGAAAAAAACUAGUUUUUGAAUGUUCUAUUUGACAAAUCAAUUUUCUUACAACGAACAGGUUCUCUACGCCCUUUUUCAAAUCAUUCUGGAGAGAAAAAAUAUAAUUUAAUUUGUUUUUUUUUUUUAUAAGUUGACAAUAAAUUUCGUUCUACAAAUAUUAGCUAAGAGAUGUGAUACAAUUUGAAGUAAAUAAAUAAAUGAAACA